AUGGGUAAUAAGAACAAUAAACAAAUCGAAAAUAAUUCACCAUCUCCACCAACCAAUUCUUCACUUUCUCGUCGUCUCUUGAAUAACGAAUCAAUCGAUCAAUUUAUAUUGAUCUGGUUAGAUCAUAAUGCAUUAGAAAAUUCUCUUGAUUCUUUACGUACAAAAACAUUAAUUCGUGAAUUAAAUAAUAAUCAUUGUUUAUUCUUUAAUGAUGUUAAUUUAUUUUUAGUCGAGAUAGAAAGACUGAGAAAUAAUGAUAAACAAAUCCUACUUAUAGUAUCUGGAAAAUUUGCUGAUAAAAUUCCAUUACACAACAUCGAUAUUAUUGCAACAAUAAUAAUAUUUUGUGGAAAUUCUAAUAGAUACAAACAUUUAAAGGAAACUAAUCGAAAAAUAAUUGAUAUUUGUACUGAACAUGAAACAUUAAAAAAUAGUAUUCAACGCGAAUUACCAUCAUUAAAACUUAAUUUAUUCACUGAUCGAAAAUCAAAUUCAUUACGUUCAUUAAUUGCAUCACAAAAUACUGGUAUUGAUGAUAGUGCUUAUUAUUUCUAUAUGUUAUUUACUGAUUUUUUAAGACAAAUUCCUCAAAGAAAAGAAGCAAAAGAUACUAUGUUGGAUAAAUGUAAAAUCUGUUAUAGAAAUAAUAAAACACAACUUAAAUGUAUUGAAUUAUUUGGUAAUACUUAUACACAAGAUAAAGCAAUUGAUUGGUAUACGGGAGAUUCAUUUGUAUAUCGUUUAGUAAAUCUUGCAUUUCGUACUGAAGAUAUAACAUUAUGGUAUUUAUUUCGUUACUAUAUUACUGAUUUAUGUAAACAAUUAGAAGAUACUCAUAAACAACAAAAUUGCCAAUCAGUUCUAAAACUCUAUCGUGGUCAAACUCAUCUACCAAAAGAAGAGUUAGAAAAUUUAAAAUCAAAUAAAGGUAAUUUAAUAUCAACAAAUGGUUUUUUCUCAACAUCGAAAGAUAUUGACCUAGCUAGUUGGUUUAUACAAGGUGCUACGGAUACAGAAGAUUAUAGAGUUGCAUUAUUUGAAAUAACUGUUGAUGCAAAGAAUUUAAAAAAUAGUAUUUUUGUUGAUAUUGAUCAAUAUAAGGGAAUAUCAGGUGAAUGUGAAGUUUUAUUCAAUAUUGGUUCAGUUUUUGAAAUUGAGAGUGUUAAUUAUGAUAAUAAUUUUAAAGCAUGGAAAAUAAAAAUGAAAGCAACAGAUGAAGGUACAGAUUCAAUUAAAGAACGUAUUCAACAAAUGAAAAAAAAAUUUCAAAAUGGAAAUAUUAAUUUAUUAUUUGGUCGUUUAUUACUUGAUAUGAAUCAAUAUAUAAAAGCUGAAUCAUAUUUUCAAAUGAUGAUAGAUGUUUCACCCUCAUCUCAUCCUGAUUUACCUUUAUUUUAUGAUUGUUUAGGAGAAUUAAAUAUGCAUACAACAAAUUGGAAAGAAGCAUUUAAAAAUUAUCACUCAUCUUAUGAAAUAAAAAAGAAAAAAAUACAUUCAGAUCAUCGAAAUGUAGGUGUAACAUUAAAUGGUCUAGGAAAUUAUUAUAAAGCUAUUCGAAAUAAUAAUCAAGCAUUAAAAUGUUAUUCAAAAGUUUUAAUCUUUAAAAAUGAUCCAUAUAAUAAAGCAAUUACUUUACUUAAUAUGAGUGCAAUUUAUAUCAAGGAAAAAGAUUAUGAUAAAGCAUAUGAUUUAUGUAUAGAAGCACGAGAUAUUAUUCAAGAAACUUCAUCAAAUUCAUCUAUUGCUCUUAUUCAAUGCUAUAGUAUCAUGAGUAGCAUUUAUUUAGCUCAAAAAGAUUAUGAUAAAGCCGAAGAUUUUUCUACUGCUGCAUAUGAACUGAGUGGAAAAACACUUUUUAUUGAUGAUCGUCAUCGAAUUGUUUGUAUAAAAGCAUUAGCUAAUUUAUCUUGUCAAAAGAAUAAGAAACAAGACGCAAUUGAUUUUUGUUUUACAUGUUUAAGCUUUUAUGAACAAUAUUUAACGUAUAAUCAUGUUAAUAUUGCAUAUUUAUUUAUGAUUAUUGCUGAAUUAUAUGAAGAUAACGAAAUAGAACGAAUCGACUUUUUGGAAAAAGCAUUAACUAUUUUACAAGAAAAUAUUCAUCUUCAUUAUGAUACAACAGCGAACUGUUUGAAAUUAAUUGGACAAUAUUAUAAAAAACAGAAUUCAUUGGAAUUAGCUAUGGGAUUUUAUAUUAAAUGUCAGGAAAUACAAAAGAAAAUUUAUUUUGAAGAUCAUUCUACAUUAAAGGAAAUACAAUGUUUGAUUAAUACUAUUGACUAUUAA